GCCAAAAAAAAAAAAGGAUUACACUAUACUUUUAUUGUGAAGUGGGUAGGAAGUGCCUACAGUAGCGACGCCGCUCGACUCAUACUGCUCCGGUCCUAAAGGGAAGCUAGCAGUGAGGAUGCCGUCGAUUGAAUACGACGACUCCAAGCCCAGCUGGGCUGAUCAAGUUGAAGAGGAAGGAGAUGAAGGCACACUGCCAUCCCCCAAGGAGACCAUCAAAGGAAAUAUUAAAACUGUCACGGAAUAUAAAAUAGACGAUGAUGGAAAGAAGUACAAGAUUGUGCGAACCUUUAAGAUUGAGACAAGGAAAGCCUCAAAAGCUGUUGCCAGAAGAAAGAACUGGAAGAAAUUUGGUAACUCCGAGUAUGAUGCACCAGGCCCUAAUGUUGCCACCACUACCGUCAGCGAUGAUGUCUUCAUGACUUUCAUCUCCAGCAAAGAGGACUUAAACGCUCAAGACCAGGAUGAAGAUCCGAUGAACAAACUGAAAGGACAGAAGAUCGUGUCUUGUCGUAUUUGCAAAGGUGAUCACUGGACUACACGCUGUCCGUACAAGGACACCCUGGGCCCAAUGCAGAAGGAGCUGGCUGAACAGCUCGGGCUUUCUACUGGAGACAAAGAGAAGGCUGCUGGUUCAGCGGAGCCAGAGCCUGCACAGCCUGCACAGAGCAAGACCGGGAAGUAUGUUCCUCCGAGCCUGAGGGAUGGAGGCACCAGAAGAGGGGAGUCCAUGCAGCCUAACCGCAGAGCUGAUGACAAUGCUACCAUUCGUGUCACCAACCUGUCUGAGGACACCCGUGAGACAGACCUGCAGGAGCUCUUCAGACCAUUUGGCUCAAUCUCAAGGAUCUAUUUGGCCAAGGACAAGAACACGGGACAGUCGAAGGGAUUUGCCUUUAUCAGUUUCCACCGUCGGGAGGAUGCAGCAAGAGCCAUUGCGGGAGUGUCAGGAUUUGGAUAUGAUCAUCUUAUUCUCAAUGUUGAAUGGGCCAAACCGUCAAACAACUGAGGAAUUCAGUGUAAAUCCCAGGAAGAUUCCAUAUUUUAUUGUCAUGGUAAAAUAUGGCUGUUACCAUAAUAAAGAGAGUAGUUGUAAAUGUC